UGCUUCUUACCCAAGAGAUGUCAUUCAUCCAGCUGGGCUGGACUUAGGUUAAGAAGCCUCUCCCUGGGCACGGGUCCCUUCACCUUUCUCUGCCCCGGCUUGGCGCCCCUCGGACAGGGCUGUGGGGAGGAUGCCCUGCCGCUGGAAAGGUAAUCAUUGCCAAAUGAGGAGGAAAGGACGAUGUCAUCGAGUAUCUGCAACCAGGCCCUCUUCUUCCCCGUGCAGUAUUAAGCACUCCCCUACUCGAGAGACCUUGACGUACGCCCAAGCUCAGAGAAUGGUGGAGAUUGAGAUCGAAGGUCGCCUGCAUCGGAUCAGCAUCUUUGACCCCUUAGAGAUCAUCUUGGAAGAUGACCUUACAGCUCAGGAGCUGAGCGAAUGUAACAGCAACAAGGAGAACAGCGAGAGGCCCCCGGUCUGUCUGCGGGCGAAGCGGCAUAAAAAUAGCAAGGUGAAGAAGAAGAACGAUGCUCUCCCCGGGGCCCACGGCGCCCCUGCCGCUGCCAGCCCCCUCCCCGAGCCCCGGGUGCGCGUCGUCGAGUACAGCCCGCCUUCGGCGCCCCGGCGACCGCCGGGCUACUACAAGUUCAUCGAGAAGUCGGCCGAGGAGCUUGACCACGAGGUGGAGUAUGACAUGGACGAGGAAGAUUACGCCUGGCUAGAGAUCGUGAAUGAGAGGCGCAAGGCCGACGGCGUGUCCGUGGUGUCCCAGAACAUGUUUGAGUUCCUGAUGGACCGCUUUGAGAAGGAGUCGUACUGUGAGAACCAGAAGCAGGGUGACCCUCAGUCUCUGAUUGACGAGGAUGCCGUGUGCUGCAUUUGCAUGGACGGGGAGUGCCAGAACAGCAACGUCAUUCUCUUCUGUGACCUGUGCAACUUAGCCGUCCACCAGGAGUGCUACGGGGUGCCCUACAUCCCGGAGGGCCAGUGGCUCUGCCGGCACUGCCUGCAGUCCCGUGCCCGGCCCGUCGACUGCGUGCUGUGCCCCAACAAGGGAGGUGCCUUCAAAAAGACGGACGAUGACCGCUGGGGCCACGUGGUCUGUGCCCUGUGGAUUCCCGAGGUGGGGUUCGCCAACACGGUCUUCAUCGAGCCCAUCGACGGGGUGCGGAACAUCCCCCCGGCCCGAUGGAAGCUCACGUGCUACCUCUGCAAGCAGAAGGGGGUCGGUGCCUGUAUCCAGUGCCACAAAGCCAACUGCUAUACAGCAUUCCAUGUGACGUGUGCCCAGAAGGCCGGCCUCUACAUGAAAAUGGAACCCGUGAAGGAGGUGACGGGCAGCAGCACCACCUUCUCUGUCAAAAAGACUGCUUACUGCGAUGCGCACACCCCCCCAGGUUGCAUCCGCAGGCCUCUCAAUAUUUAUGGGGACGUCGAGAUGAAAAAUGGGGUUUGCCGAAAGGAGGGAGCCGUCAAAACUGUUAGGUCGUCGUCCAAAGUCAGGAAGAAAACGAAAAAGGCCAAGAAGACUUUGGCUGAGCCCUGUACAGUUAUGCCCACGGUGUCUGCUCCUUACAUUCCCCCUCAGAGAUUAAAUAAGAUUCUGACUCAGGUGGCCGUUCAGCGGAAGAAGCAGUUUGUUGAGAGAGCUCACAGUUACUGGUUACUAAAAAGGCUGUCUAGGAACGGCGUGCCCUUGUUGCGGAGGCUGCAGUCCAGUGCACAGUCCCAAAGAAACACUCAGCAGAGAGAAGAUGAUGAAGAAAUCCAAGCUCUGAAAGAGAAGUUAAAAUAUUGGCAGAGGCUGCGGCAUGACCUGGAGAGAGCACGGCUGCUGGUGGAGCUUAUCCGGAAACGGGAAAAAUUGAAGCGAGAACAGGUGAAGGUGGAGCAAGUCGCCUUGGAGUUACAGUUGACGCCGUUCACGGUUCUCCUACGGUCAGUACUGGACCAGCUGCAGGAGAAAGACCCUGCACGCAUCUUUGCCCAGCCGGUGAAUCUGAAAGAGGUUCCAGAUUAUUUGGAUCACAUAAAACAUCCCAUGGACUUUGCUACAAUGAGGAAACGGUUAGAUGCUCAAGGUUACAGAGACCUCAAUGAGUUUGAAGAAGACUUUCAUCUCAUUAUAGAUAAUUGUAUGAAGUACAAUGCCAAGGAUACCAUAUUUUAUAGAGCAGCCGUGCGGCUGAGAGACCAGGGCGGGCUUGUCCUGAGGCAGACCCGGCGGGACGCAGAAGGGAUUGGUUUUGAUCAUGAAACUGGAAUGCACUUACCCGAACGGCCGCACUUGGAGCCUCCUCGGCCCUUUUCUUGGGAAGAUGUGGAUCGGUUACUAAAUCCAGCUAACCGAGCGCACAUGUCCUUGGAAGAACAGCUCAGAGAGUUAUUGGACAAACUGGAUCUGACGUGCUCCAUGAAAUCCAGUGGCUCAAGAAGUAAACGAGCAAAGUUAUUAAAAAAAGAAAUUGCUGUUAUUCGAAACAAGCUAAGUCAACCAAACAGCCAACCCCCUCCACUGGAGUCAGGUACUGGGAGCUUGGAAGAGGAAGGGGCGCCAUUAGAACAGGAAGCAGACGAGGAAGGAGAUAAAUCUCCCCCUAAACUUGAACCAUCAGAUGCAUUACCUGUUCCUUCAAACUCGGAGACUAAUUCAGAACCACCAACCCUCAAACCAGUAGAACUCAAUCCAGAGCAGAGUAAACCAUUCAAAAGAGUAAAAUUUGAUAAUGAAUUAUAUAGCACGUCCAUUCAGAAAGAAAUGGUAAAUGGACACACUCCAGAACAUAAACCUGACAGUAAUCUCAAUGAUUCGACAGUCUCUGCAGUAGCUGAGUCAUCCACCGAUGUAAACAGACGUACCUCUGUUCUCUUCUGCAAAUCGAAAAGUGUAAGCCCCCCCAAGCCUGCCAAGACCACUGAGACCCAGCCAACUUCUCCACAGCUAGGGACCAAAACCUUUUUGUCUGUAGUCCUUCCAAGGUUGGAGACACUUCUGCAGCCAAGGAAAAGGUCCCGGAGCGCCUGCGCAGAUUCCGAAGCGGACGAGGAGUCCCCGGGAAAGCGCCUGGACACAGGUCUGUCCAACGGCUUUGGAGGUGAAGCCAAGGAGCCAGAGCCGGACGACGGCCCUGGACGGAGAGUGGAGCCUCGGCGCCGCUGCGCGUCUGAGUCCAGCAUCUCCUCGAGUAACAGCCUGCUGUGUAACUCCAGCUUACCGAAGUGCGGCAGGGGCAAGCCGGCUCUGAUCCGGAGACACACGCUGGAAGACCGGAGUGAGCUGAUCUCUUGCAUUGAAAACGGGAACUAUGCAAAAGCGGCGCGGAUUGCGGCCGAAGUUGGCCAAAACAGCAUGUGGAUUUCGACUGAUGCAGCGGCCUCCGCCCUGGAGCCUCUGAAAGUAGUGUGGGCCAAAUGUAGCGGAUACCCCUCCUACCCUGCCCUGAUAAUUGACCCUCAGAUGCCCCGUGUGGCCGGCCAUCACAACGGCGUCACCAUUCCGGCCCCGCCCCUGGACGUGCUCAAGGUCGGGGAGCAGAUGCAGACCAAGGCGGACGAGAAGCUCUUCUUAGUGUUGUUCUUUGACAAUAAGCGCAGCUGGCAGUGGCUUCCCAAAUCCAAAAUGGUCCCCCUCGGAAUCGAUGAGACAAUAGACAAGUUGAAAAUGAUGGAGGGCCGGAACUCCAGCAUCCGCAAAGCCGUGAGGAUCGCCUUUGAUCGUGCCACCAACCACCUGAGCCGCGUCCACGGCGAUCCGGUCAGUGACUUCAGCGACAUUGACUAGACGCCUAGCCCGGCACCGCCGCGACCCCGAGCAGGCCUCAGGGGGCUUCCAAAGGGACGUCCUGAAGAUCUGGCUCCGUAAUCAUUGAUGGGUGCAGUUGGCCGAGCGCGCUCUCCGCCGCGCGCGUGAGCACGCUCUGCUCGCCAUUGCCCUGCUGAUUAUUGAUUGUAUCAUUGGGCUGCUGCCGGGCGGAGCCUUCACACCCCUGCUCCGAGUGUCUUUGUCCAUAGUGUCCCUAAGCCGCUGUACAUAGGUGUAUAUUGUUCAGAACUUAACUUAUUCUGGUUUUUCGUAGGAGUUCCUCAUUCUUUCUUUGUCCCCAGCGGGGGGGUGGGGGUGGUUUUACUGCCAUGUGUUCUCCCUGAAGCUGGGUCCCUGAGCACCACUUUGCGGCCCUGUCCACCCCGCGAUCCCGGUGACGUCGCAGGCGUCCGUCAGCUUCAGUCCUCCGGCCUACAGUAUGGUGCUGAUUCUCUUACUUUCUGGCUCUGUGGCUUUUUUUUAAAGACUUUUGAAUGUUUGAAUAAUUUUUGUAAAUCAUCCUCUUUGCACAGAGUACCACGUAUUUAAUAAGCCUGAUGUAAAUUUACAAUGACAGAAAAGUGUAUUUUAAGAAAACGACCUUAUUUUGAAGGGUCCUCUGUGGAAAGAGGUGGAGAGUAGAUCUAUGCUAUGUACAUCACUUGCAAAUCACCAAAAACACUCCAUUGCUGCCCAGAACGGCUCGUGGAGCCCUCGGUCUUCGGUCCGCUGGGGGUCGCUGCGGCUCAGAGCCCGUCUUGUCCCCGAUCUGUUUGUCAUCUAGCUCCCUUCAGAAUCUCCUCCCAUCCAUCUCCCAGUGACACCAUUUUUCUUUUCUAGGUGUGCCGCCCUGUGAUUUAUUUAUUGUAGAAAGUAUUGAUUUGCUUUAUAAUGAAAAAUAAAUUUGAAAAAGUCUAUUGAUAUGCAUUUUUAUACAGGCACAUGAGCGUUCAACUUGCUAUGGGAGAAACUUGUAUCACAGUUGUUGUCGAAAAGGACCCGGUGGCUUGUGUGUAAUUGGGUUUUGUACCUUGUAACCUUUUGUUUACAACGAGGGGAUUUCUGUAACGCGUUUUACUUUAGAACCCUUUGGUAGCAAUAGAAACUUUGGAUACCUUUUUGUAUGGUACAUGUGAUGUAUAUAGAAUUAGGACUUUAUUUUUAUUUUUAAGAAGUAAAGCAUUAUGUUAGGGCAAGAGGAGGGGGGGUUUCCAGAACUGCAUUUUUUAUAUUAAAAAAUAAAGUCAGGAUUUCGAUUGUC